UCCAAAGUCGACGAAGCGAUUCUUAAGGGGGUAGAACGUCUUUUGAAACUGCAUUAUCUUCGUUCGCGCAGCUACAACUCCGCCUUGGAAAUUUUAUAUGGACGUAAUACAACUUCAGACUAUGAGUUGUAUUUUGACCUAUCUGGGCAUGCGAACAUCACUCAAACUGGUUUUGAGAAUUUGUUGUCAAAACUUAAGUUUGAGGAUAUUCUCCAAUACGUUGCCAUUCCAAGACUUAACGUAGAAGUGAAUACGAACGCAGCGAAUAGCAAACGGUCUCGUGGUACUGGCCGCUCACCGAAACAAGACGGCGACGGCCGACGAGACUUAUGCUACAUAUUUGAUCGUUUGAGAAAAAAGGGAGUGAAGACUAUUCUCAAGGUUAUCAUUGACGACUCAGUUUCUCCUGCUCACAGCGAUGAAGCUAUUGAAGACGCCUUGAAGUUCAUGGACGUGGAAAUUUGGGACUGGAAAAGAAUAGAUUUGUGCUCUGAGGUCAUAUGCAGAGUGGCAUCUAAAGCACGCGAAGUCAACUUAUACUGGAGCGGCAAUAAUGCAGUACUCAGGGGAUGGAGUGAGGAGGGCGGUCUAAAGAGACUUAGGGAACUAAAAACAGUCCAUCUACACAUCCAGCAGGAAUUUCGACGCCUGCUCUUUGACGCCGAACGCUACUAUGAUCGUGGAAAAGUCGAGGAGAUUAUCGAAGAGCCCAUCAAGGUUGCUCUUAUCGACGAUGGUGUAGACGUAAAGGAUUUGGAGUUUAGCUUCAUUGGAGGACGAACUUUUUGCACACGAGAUGAAGAGCAUAAUCUCAACGACCCUUACUAUGUAUCCAGUACUGGACAUGGAACCAUCAUGGCGAAGCAGAUCCACUUGCUAUGUCCUCGGGCGCAAUUUUAUGUCUUAAGACUGGAGGAUCACGCUUCAGAAGAAGGUAGUCGGCAACUUACGGCUAGAAGCGCUGCUCAGGCAAUCAUGGCGGCAGUGAGGAAAAAGGUACACAUCAUUUCCAUGUCCUGGACAAUCGACCCACCCGAAGACGAAGAAGAGAGGCGAUUCCUUGACGCUGCGAUUGUCGAGGCUGCCAACGCAGAUAUUCUGAUGUUCUGCUCUGCCAGUGAUAAAGGCGCCAAGCAGAACGCGACAUAUCCGUCGAAGGCAACGACCAAAAUCUUCACCAUUGGCGCUGCUACAGCCUCAGGCGCGGCAGAUCCAUGGGUUGGUAAUCUUGGAAACAUCAACUUUACUUUCCCUGGCACCAAGGUCGAAAUGGAUGGCCCUCGAUCUAGCACCGACACCUCGUCGAGAGAAGUCACCGGUUCAUCCGUUGCGACAGCUUUGGCAGCAGGCCUUGCCGCUUUGGUUUUGUACUGCGUUCAAGUAAGAUUGCUAUUAGCGACUGACCAAGAUAAGCAAAAGGCACGACGGGAUUUCCAGCUUUUGAAGAAGCAUGACCAUAUGAUGAAGGCGCUCAAGGACAUUGGUACAACGGAGGAAAGCAACCACAAAUUCAUUGAGGUGUGGGAGGUAUUUGGCAAGAAGGUUGAAGAGAAGGAGAGGUAUGAUCAGGAGAGAUGGCUUGAUCUGGUUGCUGAAGUGGGCACAAUUCUGUGCAGAAAGAUUGGUUAG